UCGAGUGAAGAACGGAUCGAAAAUUCCAGAAAUUUCUUUUAUUAAUUAUCCAGUUCGCAUUAAAGGUUACGAAUUCAAACGAAACGGAAGUCAUAGAGAAAUAUUCACUGUUUAACAUUUAAUUCAAGUCAAAAAGAAAGAACGAAAAAAUCAACUCAAACAAAAUGUCUGAAGAAAAAUCGAUUGAGGAAGUUUCAAAAAUUGAACUAAAAGAGGGAGAAAUCGACCUUUCUGGCGAUGGAAGAGUUUCAAAGUUGAUUCUGAAGGAAGGAGAAGGAGACGAAACACCUCAAGAUGGAUGUCGUGUUUCGUUGCAUUACACCGGCAAACUGACGAAUGGAACACAAUUCGACUCGUCUGUUGAGCGAAAUGAGCCUUUUGAGUUCGAUUUGGGCAAAGGAAGCGUUAUCAAGGCUUUCGACAUGGGAGUUGCUUCGAUGAAAAAAGGAGAAAAGUGCGUUUUAACAUGCGGUUCAGAAUACGCUUAUGGCGAAGCAGGUUCCCCUCCAAACAUUCCCCCAAAUGCUACAUUGCUUUUUGAACUCGAAUUGCUCGGAUGGAAGGGAGAAGAUUUGAGUCCUCGCAAAAGCGAUGGAAUUAUUCGUUACACAAUUGUCAAGGGCACGAAAAAAGGAUCUCCCAAAGAAGGGUCUUUCGUGAAAAUCAAGUUGAAGGGAACAUACGAAGGUCGAGUUUUCGAAGAACGCGAAGUUGAAUUCAAUAUUGGCGAAGGAUUGGAACAAAACAUUGUCGAUGGUGUCGAAAUUGCACUCGAAAAGUUCAAGGAAGGCGAGAAAAGUCGAUUGGAAAUUGCCGCAGAGUACGCAUUCGGAGCUGAAGGCAACAAAGAAUUUGGAAUUCCUGCUGGAGCAACAGUUAAUUACGAAGUCGAGUUGUUAACUUUUGAAAAAGUAAAGAAUUCAUGGGAGCUCGAUGACGCUGAAAAACUCGAACAAGCAACUUUGCUCAAGGAACAAGGCAACAAAUACUUGAAAGAAUCAAAAUUGCUUCUUGCUUUGAAGAAGUAUAAUCGUGCCAAGGGUUAUUUGACAGGAUUUGUGAACGAAACUGACGCUGUCAAGCAAUUACAAAUAGCCGUGCAUUCAAAUCUCUCACUUUUGUAUCAGAAGCAAAACAAUAACGACGAAGUGUUUGCCAAUUGCAACAAAGUUCUGGAAUUGGAUCCUAAAAACGUAAAAGCUCUUUAUCGUCGAGGCAUGGUACGAAUCACAACGCAAGAUUUUGAACAAGCAAUUGCCGAUUUCAACGCCAUACUUGAAGUUGAACCAAACAACAAGGCAGCUCAGAACCAAAUAACGAUCGCAAAACAUCACAUUGCCGAAUACAAGAAGAAGGAAAAGAAAUUGUACAGCAAUAUGUUCACGAAAUUCGCAACACGUGACAAAAAUGCAGAAGAUGAGGCAAAAAAAGGCCUUCCUGAUGUCAUGAACAGCAAAUUUGGCGAAUGGAAUGCCGAAGAACGCGAACGAGAACCCACAAAAUUCGAACAAGAAAAUCCCGAUGUUCUCAUGUUGAAUGGAUCUUCAAAAGAAUUCCAAAAUAUGUAAUUCCUUACGUACUUCUACUUUUAAAAUACUUAAAAUGACCAAUACGGUGGAUCAAAACUUAAUUAGGAAAUAAAUUUUUCGCAUUUUUGAUUGAAAAUAAAAUGGUUUCGAGCACCC